ACGCUCAAAGGUUGGAGGAGUCAUCUCGCGGGCUCUAGUCACUCGGUGGUAGUCACUCCACCACUCGUCCCAUGAACAAGAGCGGAGGCGGCUGACGAGAGUCGGGAGCGAAACGGGAUAUUCGUUGUCAGUGAGAGGGAAGAAUAAAAUACGCGGAGGGGGGCUGUACCGUUGACGCGAAGGAAUACGACGAUAUUUCACCCCGAGCCGACGACAGUGUCGUAAUGAUAUAAUCGUUGAUCGUUCUUUUUUACCCCCGUCGGCCGUUUGUCGAGGAUAAAUAUACCGAUAUUAUCCUACGAAAAUUGUACGUAGCGUAUAAGGAAAUUAUUGCGAGAGAUUUUUUUCCGAGCACCUGUAGGUCUUGCGUAUACCUUACGUAAUAAUAUACCUCAAGUACCGGACGAUCGUCUUCUUUGUCGCUUUGAGUGUACCUCGACGACGAUGAUUUUCAUGAAUUUGGCAUGAAUCGGUCGACGGUGGAACGCGGGUGCAGUGCUACCGAGGGUAGUCGUAGGUCAGUUAGAGACCGCGGACGCGGAUAUAUCGCGUGUGAAUAAAAAUACGACGACGACGACGACGACGACGACGAUCGGGACGAAUGACGAUAACGAUACGGAGUAAUCGAUCGAAGUUAUUUUCAUAUCGUGCAAUAUUCGAGGAAAAUUAAAUUACAGUGAUUGGUGCGCGCGCGGUGGUGGUGGUGAAAUAUUUGGAUCGAUCUUUUUCUUCUUUUGGUUCUUUUUUUUCGCCAUUUUGUUUCCUUUCGCGGUUGUUGGUUUUUUUUUUUUUGCUUCUCCCCUCGACCGAUUCUUUACUUUACCGAUACAAACAAAUUAGGAUGAUCGCCGCUGCUUCGGGUGGCAAACAAGUCAGUCUACGUGCCUGGGAAUACGACGACGAUGAGCCACCGGUCGCGAGGUUCGCCACUAGAAGGAAGAGCGUUUUCGCCGAGACUUACAACCCCGAGGAUGACGAGGACGAGGAAGGGAUCAAGAUGGUGCAUCCAAAGAGCGACCAGCAACGGCUCAGGCUGGGGGAAAGCGUCAAGACAAUUCUCUUGUUUCGUGCCCUCGACAAAGAACAAAUGGCCGACGUUUUGGACGCGAUGUUUGAAAAGGCCGUGGAACCCGGGGAAUUCAUUAUACGACAAGGGGACGACGGUGAUAAUUUCUACGUUAUUGAGAGGGGGAAAUUCGAGGUUUACGUAAAGGACCCAACGGGGGAUGAUCUUCUGAUCCACACGUACGAGAAUAGCGGUGCUUUCGGAGAACUGGCACUACUUUACAACAUGCCGAGAGCCGCUACCAUCAAGGCAAUUUCACCGGGUACGUUGUGGGCGAUGGACAGACAGACCUUUCGUCGCAUUCUUCUUAAAUCUGCGUAUAAAAAACGCAAGAUGUACGAGGACCUCAUCAAUAAAGUCCCCAUGCUUAAGUCUCUGGAGAACUACGAGCGUAUGAAUCUGGCCGACGCUCUGGCGCCGAAGCACUUCUCGGACGGCGAGAGAAUCAUCAAACAGGGUGACAUUGCGGACGGAAUGUAUUUCGUAGAAGACGGUCUAGUCAAGAUUACGAUACUAGGGGAUAACGGCAGGGAAAUUGAGGGUAUUCCCACGAAUGUCAUCGAGAUCAACCGCGUACCUGCCGGUGGUUAUUUAGGGGAAUUGGCCCUUGUCACACACAAACCACGUGCAGCAUCAGCAUACGCGGUAGGAAACGUCAAGCUAGCGUUUCUGGACGUUGAGGCUUUUGAGCGUCUGUUGGGUCCCUGCAUGGAACUGAUGAAACGUAACAUCGAGGACUACGAGGAUCAGCUGGUAAAGAUAUUUGGCAGUAAAACUAAUAUCUCCGAUGUUCGAUGAACACCCUCAACUUGUCACAACAAAAACAACAAAAAAAAAAAAAAAAAUCAAAUUAAAGUAAAGAAAACAAAACAACAGAAAAUUACAAAAAAAAAAAUAACAAACAUCUAUUCAUCGACAUGCUUAAAUAUUAGACAUUGACGCGCAAGGGUGGCUUACUCUUGAAAAUCAUCGACGAUACAAUUUCUACCAUUGGCUUGCAGAGAUUGUAAACCCUCGUUGCUCGACUUUGUUUUCCGCACAAAGUAGACCGGUCUGUGGCACCGUCAGCUAUCUUUUUAUUUAUUAUUUUAACCCAUUGUUUAGGUAGUUUGUUAAGUUCGUGUUCAUCUGCAUAAUUCGUUUGCACCCUCCGAUACGAUCACAGUCUGCUUGAAGCCAGUGUUAGAAUAACACAAUACGAAAUACCAAUCACACAAGAGUAAGUCAAAGAAAUCCUAUUUUUCACGUUACUAAAUAUUACGUAAUAGCUAUUGUCUGUUGAUCUGUUGUAGCGUAACUAACUCUCUAAAAUUUCAUCGGUUUAUGUAAUUGUCAAUUUUUUGUUCCAAGCAUCGAACUUGCGAUGGUUGCAAAGCGAAAAAAUCUAGUGAUGGUAGUAAGAAAUAUGGGAAUUUGCGUGGAAUUAGAAUAUCAAAAUCUAAAUCUAGCAAGUUAUAUUGAACUAGGUAAUUUUUCAUUAUUUCGUUUCAUAAAAAAUUCAUCCGAUACAAGCAAGUAAGAUCUUAUCCUUAUUCCUCAAAGUCAAACGUCGUGUAACGAAAAACAUGAACAGUAUUUUAACGAAAAAUCUCGAUUAUCGAUCUGAACGGUUUUAAACUAUAAUUACUUUUGCUCGUUAUCAUAGCUUAUCGAAUAUUUCACGGUCGUGCGAUUGCGUUAAAAAAACGAAAACAACCAACCGCGAGUGUGGAAGAAGUCGCAAACGAAUUGCAAUAUUUUCAAGCUUUUCUUGCGUACGAAUUACGAACAGCAUUUGUGUUCCUAAGCGGAUUUGUGAUCCUUAUUUUUUGGAUUCUUUUUUAAAUUCUAUCGACAAGCUUGCGUGUAGUACGAGUACGAGAUUCUCAUCGCUUGAUAUCAUCAACUAACCGUUGGCGUUCUGUCGAAUGAACAAACAAUAUUUAAGUAAUAACUAUAUGUAAUAUGUAAGCAACACAUACCUGUGUAAGUUCUUAUACUCUGUCCAAGUAAAGAUAUGUAACUGUAUGUAUAAGCGAAUGAGCUUAUUAUACCGAAGAAAAAAUUCUGCUGGUGGAAUAGAUAAUACAUAUUUACCUUUUACGUAUAAUUUAUUAACACAAGAAGAGUAGAGAUUUAAGGAAAGAUAUAUAUCGUAUCAUGUCAUUGCGAGAUUAUCAUCGACCGUCGCAUAACCGAUAACGAUUAGGUGUAGGCGAUCGAUACUAUUUCGAAUAAAUCAAAGCCGCCCGGUACGGUGCGAGUAUUUUUUGGAUAUCUGUAACGUUUACAAUUGUCCAAUGUUGGAGUUGCGAUUAUAAAAAAGAAGAAAAAAGAAAAAAAGAACCAACAACGGUCGUGAUCGAUUGAUUUACGUUGCUGAUCCUGCUCGAUAUAUUUUUGAAAAAGAUAAACAAAUAAAUAAACAGACGUUAAUAACCAACGCACAGACUUAAACAGCUGCGGUGACAAUCUGAAAUAAUAACUCACUGCCAACGGAGAGCUAGUAAUACUUGAAUAGCAGUCGAAGCGAUGGUUGACCAUAAUGCUGCAAUGUCAUGGCUUUGAAUAAAACUGUUAUAGAACCAAUUAUUUGAGAGAAGGGAGAUCACCUACUCCCAAUUACUGUAGUCAGAAGACUGUAAAAGGCAUAGAAGCAGCAAUAGCUAAGGCGACCAUGACGAUGAUGUACUGCUUUUUCUUUAUGGAAAUAAAGGUGAACGGAGGUUUAAGAAAAAUAACAACAACAAAAAGACAAACAAUAACGUAUGUAAUGUUCAGAGGUAUGAUAAAUCGAACAUUGAGCACAAAGUAAAGUUGUUCAAGGAUUACAAAGCACACACAGCGUACACGCGGAGACAAAUAUAGCCACUAAUAUCGUUCAAAUGAGAAUCCACGCUACGCCAGGAAGUGAAAGUGUAGGCAUUUCCAUUCAGAUAUGUACAUCAGGUAACGAAUACCCCUGGCGACUAAAAUGAAAAAAUUAUGGAACUAGAGAAAAAGUAAUAACGUACCUAAUUAACGUAAAUGUCGUCCAAUCGCACAUACAUAUGUACACUUAUCAUGCACACGUGUAUGCCUACACAUAUACUAUACAUCCAUACACACAUACAUAAAGCUGCCUCAGUUACUGUGAUUAGCCAGAAUUACAUGAUCCUAACACUUGCUAAGUCAAAUAUAUGUUAAAAUAUUUAUCUAACUAGCUAUACGCUGACGUCAUUUGAUCGUACCCUUCGAUAUUCUUCUCAUGCUACUAUAAAUCAUUACUCCCUAUGCCACCUGUAUUACUGCACAAGUACUUAACAAAACAAAGAAAAAAAAUGAUUAAAAAUAAACAAAAUGCGAAGUUCUAUGAAGUAGACGAUAAAAUCUAUAGUAACAUAUAGAGCAUUAUAAUAGUAGAGACAACGCAUCGCUAUCUCGGCUCGAUUACAGCUGGCCUGAUCGGGUGCUAUGACAAAGCACAAGCUCGUUCCGCACAGCAGUUUCACGAGUAGUAAUCAUUACCACCGACAUUAUUAAUAUAUCAUAUACCUACCUGAAAUACAUGUUAAGUUUAUAGAUCUGGUAUAUAAUAAUAAUAAGAAUAAGUAUAAGAAUUAACUAUAUAUACAAACAUACAUGUAUGAGAGAUAUCAUAACAGUAUCGUUGUGGCGUAAAAAUGUCUGUAUGGAAAUGUCUCAAAUCAUACGCAUAGUUAUACUUAAACUUAUAUGUAUAAAACGUAUACAUGUAGGUGUAUAUAGGUGUGUAUAUAUGUAUAUACUAUACAUAUAUAUAUACAUACCCCCAAAAACAGUAUCACAUAUGUAAGUAUAUAAAUCUCUUGGGUUGCCAUAAUAUCAUUAUCAUUAUUAUCAUUAUUAUUAUUAUUAUUGGUUAUUAUCCAAAUAUUUAUUGAAUGAUAUAUUAAUAGGUAUAUUGAUAAGAAUGAUAAAGUUAAAGAAAUCACUAUUGAAGGGAAAAAAACAAGCAGCUGCUAGGGUAUGGUUUUCACCACACUUAUUGUCAGUGUAAUCUUCUUUUAUCUUUUGGUCAUGAUGAAAUAGAACAUAUUAUUUGUUUUUUGAUUUUUCACUUUAUGUCAAAGUUUAAUUAUCGUUUAUGGCUAAUUUUCACAUUGAUUGUUAUAAUUUUACUGGUUUGCAGUCGUAAAAAAAGUUACAAAUUGAAACGUCUUUCCGAGUUUUUCUUUUUAUUUCUUGCUAAUAGCUGGUGAUAACCAUAUGCUUUAAGCGAGCAAUAAUUAUUAGCUUACAUAACAUAGAUAGUGUAAAAAAAAAAUAAUAAUUAAUAUAAUAAAUGUA